CUACUGACUUGUGACUCGACUAGAUCAAAGUGACCAAGAAUCUGACAGAUUACGGUUUUGGUUCUGAAUUUAACAACACAAAUUCGACACUCCACCACCCAAACCCGAGUUGAUUUUGAUAUGUAGCUCAGGAAUAAUUCAUACUUAUAUCGUAAUAGUUGUGUAAUUUUUGUGUUUUAAAUGCAUCCAGUUGAAAUAUAAUUUGUUACGUGAUGUGUAGGUUACCUUGGAUAGCACCUUAUCUUUUAGCCACUACGCCUUUAUGAUGGCAUUCCGUGUACGGGUGUUGCACUCCAUAGUACUGACUGUAGUGGGCGUAUCGUUUAUCGUCUACUCCUCAUACUAUGCAAACCCUGUACAGUUGUAUCACAUUGAACAACCUCAUGAAGAACCAGUCACCAACCAAUCUAAGCCUACGGCCGAAGCGAUAAAGGUUGACGUUAAAGAAAAUGAAAUACCAGCAGCCAAACCAUCCCCUGAGAAGGUGGAUCCUAAACCAGUGGUGAUACAGAAAAUCCCACUCAAGGCGGAGUUGGAGGUUCCUUUGAACAAAACCAAGGGUGGUUACCUGACACGAAGCAUCUACGCGGCGGGACACAACUUAAGUGUGCCAGAGCUAUGUACGGAGCUCGGGGCUAAGGUUCGGCUGUUCGUUAUGAUCACCUCGGCUCCUGAUCACUACGCUGCACGAAUGGCCGUACGUCAGACUUGGGGACACUUUGCUCAACGCAAGGACGUCGCUGUUGCCUUCUGCGUGGGUGCAACAUCUAAACCUGAGGUGGCUUCUGCGAUCUACCAAGAGGUUGAAACCUACGGAGACAUCAUACAAGGGAACUUCAUCGACUCCUACGACAACCUAACUCUGAAGACAGUGUCAAUGUUAGAGUGGAUCGACAACUACUGUCCACGUGCCAAGUUUGUUCUAAAAACUGACGAUGAUAUGUUCAUAAACGUCCCAAAGUUGUUAGAGUUUAUCGACACACACGACAAAUCUCAAAGAACCAUAUUCGGUAGGUUAGCGAAAAAAUGGAAACCUAUCCGAAACAGUAGGUCCAAGUAUUACGUUUCGUCAAACCAGUUUUCUGCCCCGAUUUUCCCAGAUUUUACGACAGGACCGGCGUAUUUGUUAACAAGUGACAUCAUACAUGAACUUUACGAUCACGCCUUGGACACGACCUACCUCAAACUAGAAGACGUGUUCACCACGGGAAUCGUAGCUCAAUCGCUCAACAUCAAAAGAGUACAUAUAAACGAGUUCCUAAAUAAAAGAAUUCCUUUUAACGUGUGCAAUAUUAAGAAAGGUAUCAGUAUUCACAUGAUAAAAUGCCACGAACAAUUUGACUUGUGGAAAAAAUUAUUAGACGGAAGGGCGAAAUGUAAGUAAAAAUCUUAAACGAUACAAAAAGUUAGUGCCUGUCAACAAAAACUGUGUUACUACAAUAUUGCAUUUAAAUCACACACUUUUAUAAAUGAAAGUGCAAUUCCCCUCACUCGAGUGAUUAGUUGUAAGACACUUAAGCUUUUAAAUGUUUUUUGUAAAUCUUUGUGCGUGUCGGUCCCAGUUGUCUGUGUGUAAAUAUGUAUAGUUGGUGCCAUAAUACAGAUAGGCCAAUACGCUGCUGUAUAUACAUUUUAAUUGUGGCUUAAUCGUGCACUCGUCCCGUAAGUUUUUGUAAUGGAUAUUGGCUUAAUAAACACAAUUUAGUUAGUUUGUAACAAAUUUUUGUUUGGAAGAUUUUAUUGAGAAAUUAGUUUUAAAUUAUAUUUUUAUACAUCACUUUUACACCAUAUACACUAAGAGCUUAACACUUUGCAGAUCACAUUGAAUGUACGGUCGGUUUUGAAACACACGUCACGUUAUUGCUGUAGUUUAUUUUAUAUUUAUUUUGAGCAAUGCCAUCGUUUUAGUGGCAUAGAUUUUAUUUAUUGAAUAUUACAAACAAAAUGUCUUUAAAUGAACAAAUUUUACAUAUGAUAGUGAGUUAAAUAGUUUUAAUGAUAAUGUUAGUUUCCUAUAGGUAGGCCUAUAUUAAUAUUUACAUAUUCUUUUAUAUGGGGCAAAAACAAAAAGAUAUCGCUUACUUGACUGGAAUUUUUCUAAAUAAUUAAUUAAUUUUGUAUGUAACACGAGUGAUUUGCUAUACAAAUGCUGUUGAAUUAUUUUUCUAAAACGUCUUGUCACCAAGAUUUUUAGCAUCAGUAUGUUUUAUAAACCAAAGUUCAAGAACUAAAUACAUGUGUUCUUAAAAUAAAGUCAUUAUUUUUUCAAAAUCAAUUUACUGUAGCAGUACAAUUUACAUAAUAUAUUUGUGUUAGUGUAUAUUUAAGAAUAUUAAAAAAGCCAACUCAAAUCAUGAACCUUAACAUUUAUUCAAGUCUGAAAUUUGAAUACCUAAAGGUUGUGCUGUCACUUUGAGUUUAAAAUAUUUGGAAAACAAUUCUAAUCUUUGAUUUAGUUUUUGUACUCUGAAUAUCGUCAUAUGCCUAUUUCUUAGUGUAACUUUUAAUGUCUGUAAAGAUGAUAGAAAGAGAACCUCUUUUAAAAUGGCAUUUUCUUUCUUGUACACCUACCUCAGUUUGAAAAAUAUGAUGUUUUCUUUAAUAUUGGAAUAUCAUUAAACAUCAGUAAAAGUUGAUAAUGUUUAGACCACUUGUUUACUGAUAUUAAAAUCUGUUGUAUCUAGUUUACCAAAGUGAAGCUUCUUGAUAUACUGCCUUUUAUUGGUGCCUCACAUACAAUAAAUAUUGACCUAAAACUACUAAAAUUAAUGACUGAAGCUAUAUGCUGUAUAGCGAUAGUCCAACACUGCCUUUAGGUUUUCAAAAUUCAGAUAACACAAUAUUUUAUUGUUGUAUAUUUAAAAUGUGCUUAUUGUCUAUGAGUAUUAUAUGUGACCAUUUCCUCAGUAUUAUUUAAAAUUGAUUACUCAGUGUUGUAAUAUACAGUAUAUAUAUAAAUUGGUUUCAGUUAAAUUAAUUUGUUAUAAGAGGCUCAAUUAAUAGAGAUUUAUAACUAAGGGAGACGCUGUUUUUAGUCAUGCUUUAGGCUAAAGUGUAAAUGUGUUGUUUUAUUCUCUCUAUUUUAUCAAUUUUGUCUCCUUAUCUCUUAAUGAUAUUCAGUUUUGCAUGUUUUAUGUGUUCAAACAAAGCCAGUGUAAUGUCUAACAAAAUCCUCUUGUAAUAAUUUAUUGAGAGCCAAUAUUAGCUGGCAAAAUAAUAUCUUCGUUUAAAGAUAAGUUUUAAAUCUAAAAAUCACCUAAAUAGACACAUUUACUUACCAGUCAGAAAACAAUAUGGUGCUUAUAUUUUGUUAAGUAAUGAACUGUUGUGAAAGAGUUCUGAAUUGUUGGAAGAUUUAAAUAUUUUUAUAACCCUACAUAAUAAAGGGAUUCGUUUACUUAGUUUGUAACCAUUGUUAUUUGAAUUGUCUUACAGAGCGGAGUGUAAUAUAAAAUUUAGUGGGGUUUUUAGUUAUUUUUGUAUAUUUGUUACUUUUUUUUAUAAGUUUGCUAUCAUGCAUAGAAAUUUGCAAAACUGUGUAGCUAAGAGGAAUAGUGUUCGUUUUGUCCGUUAAGUUGUAUAAUUUGAUCAAACUUCUCACAAAGUUCCCUGGUUGUGUCUAAAAUCAAGUUAAAACUAUUUUGAGAGUUGGUUUGAUUGAUUAUAGUCAAAGCUUAUUUUUCAAUUCCGAAGGUGAUGAUUUAAAACACUAUUUAGAACCUAUAGCCAAGCUUAACAGUUUGACUGAGAAAGUCUUAGAACAUGUUAAGGCAACUUGCCUGUAAUCUUAGGUUUUAAUUAAAAAUGGGUCAAAUCAAGUCCAAAAUGUUGACACAUCACAUAAUAUUCUCAUUAUGUUUAUAUAUCAUAAGAUAAUUGUUUGUUCCUAUGUUUCCCUCAUGACAUAAUGGAAACAAUUUCCUGAAAUACACAAUUUAAAUUUUUAAGAGUUGUGUUUUUAGUCAUGGCUAAGCUUCACCCAAUCACUGUGUAUAUCUGUAUAAUCAUCAAUAAUUAGUAGAUUUAUUUUCCUUAAUCAUUGAGAAUAAAAAUAGUUUUAUUAUUUAUUGAUUUAUCUGUUUGUUGGUUUUACUGGUUGAAAUAUAUUCUAGAGCAAAAUCAAUUACGUAAGCCAAAUUUACAUUAGGUGUUAUCUGUACAUUUUAAUGUAUCUUGGUUCUAAGUGUUUGUUAUAGCAUUUGCUGCUGUACUGUCAAAGUGUAUGUUAGUUGAGUAGCCAAGUUGGCUUGCUCACUUCUUGAAGUGAACGUUGUCAGUUUGGUGUUAAUAAAAGACUGAAGCCCCAUUUUUAGGCUUGAAAUUGGAUUUCAUAUAAGUUCUAUUAUACUAAACCUUAAGCAAAGAGUAAUGCUGGACUAGACAAGCAACUGGUCUCAAUAGCUUUGUUAUGCACGGUGUAAAGUUUCCACAUUAAUAUGCAUAAGUGGUAGCAUAAUUUAACAAUGAUAUAAUUAAUUUAAAAAUGUGUUUAAAAUGUUAAGAUUUGCAAAUACCUCAAGUUUAUGGAAGCUAUAAGUCAGUGUUAGUUAUUCAAAACUACUUAGGUUUUUUUAUAUAAAAAAUAAAUGCUAGAUAGUCAAGCCAAAAUUUUUCUUCAAAUGAAACCUGAGAAAACAUUAAGAUUGACCCAUGAUUUUCAAUUCUCAUCUUCUAAAUUCUUGUAGCUUAGGAUUCUAUAAUUCAAUUUGAUAAGGGUAACCAUUUGACCAAUCAUUCUAUUUAAAGACUAACUUUAAAAGACGUACAAUGUCAAAUGCUAUAAUGAAACUUACAUAACUUUCCAAACCUAAUUGUUUAUAUGAUGAUGUUGAAUAUUUUUAAUUGUUUAGUAUCAAAUGAAUGGAUUAUUAUUUUAGUGUCUUCUCUAAUGAGAAUAAAAUUAAAGGUGAAACCGAUCUUUUCAUACUUCCGAUGUAUAUAAUGUACUAUUUUAAAUAUUUUAUAUUUUGUAACUUAUAACAUUUGUAUGACCAUUAAAUUGUAAUAUUAAGCUG